ACACAAAGCUACCAAGAUGUAAUUAAAUUCACCAGUCCUGGUUGCUGAGAGUGGAAAAAUCUACUUGGCACACGUAUUGUUAAACAGCGUACUAUAAAAUGUAUUGCAAAUCGCUCUACGUGAAAAGUAUUUGAAAAGAAAUCUAUAAUAGAAACUGUUUGAUUUGAAAUAAGCAGAAAUAAAGGCAAACGAAACUUUUCGAAAUAAGAAAGAUGGCUGAGUAUACAGUACAUGUGAAGACUGGAAAUAAGAGAGGAGCGGGGACAGAUGGAAAUGUAUAUAUUUCACUGAUUGAUAUAAACGAGAGGGAGUCGCAAGUCAUACAUCUUGACAUUUGGUGGCGUGAUGACUUUGAGGCGGGUCAAAAAGGGUGUUAUUCCGUUAAGAGUGGUCGCCAAGAUCUCGAGCACGUCAACCAAAUAAGACUUUGGAGGGAUGACAACGACGCUGAAGAUACCUGGUAUGUCGAGACGGUUGUGGUGGAACGUUGCAGGGAUAAAGACAAGAGUAUAUUCCCGAUAAAUCGCUGGGUAGUUGCAAACCAGCAACUCAAGCUACAGGAGUUUGACAGCGUAUUGCCGCAAUUUGAUAAAAACAAAGAACAGCGGAGACAGGAACUUGAAACAAAACAAGGAAAAUAUCGGCUGAAAGUUCAUAGGGAAGGUCUUCCAGCCCUGGCAGCAGAUCUGCCAAGUGAUGAAGCAUUCACAAUUGAGGAAUACCAGCUUGAUCUAAAACAGAAGGCAAAGAUGAUUGGUUUUCCGACUAAACUUGCAAAGUUUACAACAUCCAAAUUUGAAACUCUCGAGGAUUUUCAAAAUAUCUAUGGAUAUAUCUUUAAGAGACCUUACGGGUUGGAGAGAUGGCAUAAAGAUGUCGAGUUCGGUUCCCAGCGAUUAACUGGUUGUAACCCAACAUUAAUAAGUCUUUGUCAGGAAAUCCCCCAAAAUUUCCCCGUAACACCGGUGAUGGUUGAGCCAUUCCUUGAAGGGCAAACGCUCGAGGCCUGCCUGGAGAGCAAGAAGAUCUACAUAAUGGACCUCAAAAUUCUAGAGGGCAUUAAAUGUUCCGAGAACAGAACACUGUGUGCACCCCUUGGUUUAUUCUACGUCGACAACAACCUGAAGUUGGUGCCUGUUGCCAUUCAACUAUUUCAAGAGACCUCGGAUAUUAACCCUAUAUUCUUGCCGUCUGACCCUGAAUACACCUGGUUGUUGGCUAAAAUGUGGUUCAACAACGCAGACGCAUCCUACCACCAAGCUGGCGUUCAUUUAGGAUUAACUCACUUUUUGAUGGAAUUUGUUGCCGUGGUUACUAACCGUCAAUUGUCUCCGUCACACCCGCUGUUCCGUUUACUGGCUCCACAUUUAUUUAAAGUUAUAGCAAUAAACAACUUUGCCCUCAAAACUCUGAUAAACCCUGGAGGCAUUUUUGACAAGACGUUUUCUCUGGGGUCUGAUAGGGUGAAUGGUGUCGUCGGCCGUGUCUGGGCAAAUUGGAAUCUGACUCGGGAGGGAACAUUGCCCAAUGACCUAAAGAAUAGAGGGGUGGAUGACGUAAACGCCCUUCCCAACUAUCACUACCGGGAUGACGCUCUUCUCGUGUAUGGAGCCAUAGAGAAAUAUGUCAAGGCAGUCGUAGCUGGUAUAUAUGACUCUCCGGAAAAGAUCAUUGAGGACUACGAGCUGCAUAAAUGGGUUUAUGAAUUGAAGACGCCCCCCGUUGGUCCUGGGCUAAAAGGGUUGCCUGAAACCAUAGCGACAGUUAAUGACAUCUCAAGUAUAGUGACGCCAUUGAUUUUUCAAGCCAGCGUGCAACAUGCGGCUGUUAACUUUAAUCAAUAUGACGAAUAUAGUUUCCCGCCAAACUACCCAGGAUUUAUGGAUGGCCAGCCCCCCAGAGAUAAGUCAACACUAUCGGAGAAAGAUGUCGUAAGAGAUCUUGCCACAAAAGAACAGACAUAUGAUAUGAUGUUACUUACUACUAUACUGAGUGCAAUGGACACAAAACCUUUGGGAGAGUUUGAAGUACAAUAUGCGUACGAUCCUGUCACACUGCGGGCUCUUGAGAGUUUCCGCAAGGAUCUUGCAGAGAUUGACAGAGUGAUACUAGCGAAACAAGGGGCCAGAGGGAAUGUUUAUCCACAUCUAAAUCCAGCCAAAAUACCUAAUGCUAUAAGUAUUUAACUCUGGUCAUGGAACGUACAGGAACGCACAUGUACAAUCUCGCAUCAGAUCAUAUGAACAAUUGGCACAUUCGA